CUGGUCAAGGCCUCCCUGGUCAGCAAGGGCCCAGAUCCCCUGGUCAAGGACCCCCCGGGCAGCAAGGACCCAGACCCUCUGGUCAAGGACCCCCCGGGCAGAAAGGGCCCAGACCCCCUGGUCAAGGCCCCCCUGGCCAGCAAGGACCCAGACCCCCUGUCUCCGGACAAGGGCCCCCUGGGCAGCAAGGACCUAGACUCCCUGGCCCCGGUCAAGGGCCCCCUGGGCAGCAAGGACCCCCUGGCCCCGGUGCACAACCAGGCGGGCCAGCUAAAGCUGGGGGUCCCCCUGGUCCACAAGGCCCUGGUAAACCACCUGGAGGUGGGCUGUGUCCGCUGUGCAAGAGUACCCAGCUCAACGUGGGCUCCAAGGAGCCGCCCAACUACAGCAACUGUACCAUGUGUAAGAACCAGGUCUGCAGCCUAUGUGGAUUCAGCCCCCCAGACUCGGAGGGCAAAGAGUGGCUGUGUCUCAACUGCCAGAUGCAGAGGGCUAUGGGGGGUAUGGAUGACCCUCCUAUGAUGGGCAGGGGCUCUGCCCCUCCUUCACCCUCAAGGAAAGACCCUGACAAAGAUGGCAAGAAGCCCAAUCUACUGAUUAAGCAGCAGAGCAUCUCUGACAGAGGCUUAACCCCUCCAACCACGCCCAAGCAGAAAUCCCCCGGCCCAUUUUCACCGAAAGGCAGCCCCCAGCCCUCCCCGGCCAAAGGUAAACAGGAGUCCAGCUUCUUUGGGGGCCUGGGGGGCAUCAGCCUAGGGGGGCUCACCGACGUGGCCAAGCCUCCAGCCGCUGCCUCCCAGGCGGCCGAGUCCAUCACAGGAACAAUGUUCAGUGGCUUUGGUGGGUUCACUGGAUCAGCCAAACCUGAUCGGGCCAAAGCCGCUGCUGGUCCCCAAAAAACAGCAGAGUCGGUGACGGGAAAGAUGUUCAGCGGGUUUGGUGGUUUUACAGAGACAGCCAAGCCCCCGGCGGCUGCCUCCCAGAUGUUUGGCUUUGGCUCGUCCAUUUUGAGCUCGGCCACCAACCUCAUGACCACCGACUCUGUGGACUCUGUAGAUGAGAAAGCUGGUUCUCCUGCCGAUUCUCCUGCCGGUUCUCCUGCCGGCUCUCCCCCAGACUCCCCCUUCUCUGCCCCCUGUUCUCCCCUCGGUUCUCCCCCGGACUCUCCCUUCUCCGCUCCCGGGUCUCCCCCCGACUCAGACAGCCCUGACACCCCGCCUGCCUCCAAGAAGCCCCCCAAACGUGCCGUCUCCCUGCUGAAGGACCAAAAGUCCAUAGAAGCAGAUUCCUCCGUUGAGCCUCUGAAAGCGGGGGAGCCGCUUACUAUGGCAACAGGCUCGGGGGCCCAGGAAAACUGCCCUCUGUGUAAGGUGGAGCUGAACGUUGGAUCAGCAGACCCCCCUAACUACAGCAACUGCACUGAGUGCAAGAAGAGUGUGUGCAACCUGUGUGGCUUCAACCCCACACCUCAUCUUGGUGAGGUAAGACCAGUACAGCCCUCACUACUGCUAAAAUAGAAACAGUUCUGCUGAAAGGUACACAAACCAUACAAGGACUUCAGCCGUUUCCAUUGUUACAGUAGGUGGGUUAGGGCUACAGUCUUCUGUACACUCCAUGUUGUUCAGUCACUCACUGGCUAUUUAAAAACCACGUCUGCAGUCAAUUUGGUUUCUAUAUCUUCCAAUUGUAAUCAGGACACAAAUAUUGACACCCUGUUUAAAGGUACAGCUCUUACCAUAAGUGAACCUGAACGUUGGUCACGGUCUUGGUUGUCAUGACUGCUGCAAGUGUUUGACCUUUGAGGGAGUGGUUUGUGGUCGAUGUGUUUAGCCUUCCCUAGCCUCCUAGCUGCACUGUAGUCUAACUCUAAGCCAUUGUGGGGCUAGGUUAAUAAGGCUAAAUGAAUGCCAUUUAAAUGGCCAUCUCAUUAUUGAGCUUUAUUCACACUUCAAAAGGAUGCCACUUGACUCUGUAAUCUAAGAGAGGGGUGUGUGUGUGUGUGUGUGUGUGUGUGUGUGUGUGUGUGUGUGUGUGUGUGUGUGUGUGUGUGUGUGUGUGUGUGUGUGUGUGUGUG